GAUUUUACGCGACUAUUCGAUAUGGCAGAAGAAGCACACAGGCUCCUAGUUUGGAUUCCCGUCUGCUGAGCAGCCGCUCUGCGACACCCUGGUGACUUUCAGCACCUGCAGAGCGCACGAUCGCCCCGAUCAGUUACUGCGAUGGUGCCAAGCUUCGUGCAGAUAUAGCGCCCUGCACCCGCUAGCGUCCCAGUGCCGCACGUUUCCUGCCCAGUCCCUCCUGCAAGCCAGACUCCAUGACCACCAUGGAGCACAGAGCUGCUCACCAAGCUUUCCGUCGGCGCUGGAAGAAGACAGACGAUGGCCUCUGCCGGCAUAGCAUGUCCUUCCACCUCCACAAGACCCUCAGGAAGGAGUUCUUCGCCAGUUAUCUGUACCUGUUGGAGCAAAUCCCUCUAGUCCAGCUCUUUGCUGUAACCUGUGAGUACAUCAAGGGGGAGAAGCAGUUCUACGCAAGAGCACAGAACUUCUACAAAGGUGUGGAGGCCUCGGAGGAGGGGAUGAUGGGAGGCUUCAUCGAAAUUUCCGAGAUUGACUUAGAAGGUUCCAGGCAGUUCCUGAAAAAGUUUGUUGGGGGUCCUGGCAAGGCUGGCACUAAGUGUGCCCUGGACUGUGGCUGUGGGAUCGGGAGGGUAGCCAAGAACGUCCUCCUGCCAGUGUUCGAGACACUGGAGAUGGCAGACAUGAUAGAGGACUUUCUGAUGCACGCCCACGAGCGCUACCUGGGCAGUGAUGCUGACCGCAUCGAGUCCUACUACUGCUACAACCUGCAGGAUCUCACGCCCCCCCUGAAGAAGUACGAUGUCAUCUGGAUGCAAUGGGUCGCAUGCCACCUGACUGACAACGACCUGAUGAAGUUCCUGAUCAGAUGCAAAGCCAGUCUGAGACCCGACGGCAUCAUCGUCAUCAAGGACAACAUGGCCAGGCAGGGCUGCAAGCUGGACCCCAUUGACAGCAGCCUUAUCCGGCACCUAGACAUCGUAAAAGCCAUCAUUCUGAAAGCAGGCCUGGAGAUCUUGGGGGUGGAGAAGCAGCAGGGCUUCCCGGAGCAGAUAGUCCCCGUCUGGAUGAUCGCUAUGAAGUAAUGGCAGCGAUGCACCUCAGCUUCUCCUGCAGGACAAUCAACUCUCGCCGUGGACCUUGACAUCCAGGCAGUGGUUCCUGCUAAUUCGGUUACAAGCAGAACCAUAUCAAAGCAAAACAAAAGCUGCUUGAAGUCUGUAUUUAUUUCCUACAUUUUAUCACAAUCAGAAAUAUUUUAAUGAAUUAAUUUGGUUCACUUCAAGUUUGCGUUUUUAAUCCAACCAUUCCUAUCCUGUAAAACGCUGCCAUUCCUCAAAUCGCUGGGAAUUAUUUAACGUGGAAAUCAUAGCCAUGGAAUUUGCUCCAUCAAAGGAAAGAGUGAAGGUAAAUCUAGAAGUUCAAAUUUUGGCACUUGAUGGAUUUUGUGUCAGUGCGUGGUUCUGUGUAAUGACACCGCGUGAUGCUCCUCCCACUUUUAUCACUGUUAUGUGCAGAACCCAGAUGUGGAUUCAUACAGUAAUACAAAUAAUGUGUGAUCUACACUCCCGAGAGUCCCCGAGGGAGGAGAGAGUGAAUCAGAAUGAUAGAUGACAUGAGUUGUGACACUUACAGCAACGAUGGCUCCUAAUUUUGCCCAUGUAACGCAACGCGUAGAUGAGGACAAAUUGCUGAAGAGGGAAAGUGGGAUGCUGUUUUGAAAUGACAUCACAAGUACGAUGAAAACCAAACCCGUGAAAAUUCCAGGCACUGCUGUGCCAAUUUAAAUUCAAUGCAAAAAUCUAUCAUUAUAAUCGAGAGUUUUGUUCAACUGAGGUGUACAUAUAUUUUUAAAAAUAGAUUUAUUUUUGCUUUAUACAUGUAAAUAUCAAAAGGAAUCAGGGAUUCUGACAAUGAUUGCUUAAUUUCAGUUUUUUUUAUUUGGUUAAUUUGCAAGACAGUUCCUGUGUUGAAAAGGAACAAUGAAGUAUUAACUGACUUCUAGUUUUUUAGAAUUAUUUUCUGCAUGUUUUAUAGACAUGCCUCCACAGUGUUUAUUUAGUGUGUAUUUAUGUAUUCAUUGUUAAAUAUAUAUGCGCUGGAUUGCUUUUAUGGAGAUAGAAAUGACAGUAUUUGUGCACCUGCUUAGCUUUUUUUAUUUGUGGCCAAAUUAAGAAGCUAUUUUAGAAGUUGAUAUGACAUGAGGUGAAACACUGUGUCCAGUAGGGGGAGUGAUCAUGAAAUACAGUUAUAUCUGAUAGUGCUGAAAAUGGAAAUGAAACGCAGUCGAUAUAAAACACAUCCAUUCUCAUCUGGAUUGUUUCCCUUUUCACUAUUUGAAAUGCAAUCCAAAGAUCACAGAGGUACAUUUGAACUGGAAGCAACAAGUGAAAAAUAAACUGUGGAAAAUGUC